UGAAAAGAGCCCAUGGUGUCUGUGUGUCACUGAGGCUCAUUAAUGAAAGUUCCAGCUUGUGCUCCAUGCUGCAGCCGCUCUGUGUGAGCAUGUUCUGGACUCAAUGACUGACUCACGCUGACUCUGCGCUGGCUGGCAGGCAGGCGACGGCAACGCUGAGCUCUCUGAGCUGCAGUGAAAGUGCUAGCUGGUAGAAGUGAAAGGUGAAUGAUAAGUGUGAAUAGCAGAAGGCAGGCGACCCCCACACCGAUAACACCGGGAGAAGCCCCGGGUGCAGCUCUGAGGCAGCGGCGGCUGAGCAGACAGACGCAGCCAUGGCUAACAUCGCCGUCCAGAGGAUCAAGAGAGAGUUCAAGGAAGUUCUCAAAAGCGAGGAGACUAGUAAAAACCAGAUCAAAGUUGAUCUGGUAGAUGAGAACUUCACAGAGCUGAGAGGAGAAAUAGCAGGACCACCAGAUACACCAUAUGAAGGUGGCAGAUAUCAGCUUGAAAUAAAAAUCCCAGAAACCUACCCGUUUAACCCCCCAAAGGUGCGCUUCAUCACAAAGAUCUGGCAUCCUAACAUCAGCUCAGUGACAGGAGCAAUAUGUCUGGACAUUUUGAAGGACCAGUGGGCAGCUGCUAUGACCCUGCGGACAGUGCUGUUGUCUCUACAGGCUCUUCUAGCUGCAGCAGAACCAGAUGAUCCACAGGAUGCAGUAGUUGCAAACCAGUACAAGCAGAAUCCAGAGAUGUUCAAACAGACAGCAAGGCUGUGGUCACACGUCUACGCAGGCGCUCCGGUCUCCAGUCCCGACUACUCGCGAAAAAUAGACAAACUCUGUGCCAUGGGCUUCGAUAAGAAUGCAGUAAUAGCGGCCUUGUCUUCGAAAUCCUGGGAUGUGGAAACGGCGACCGAACUUCUCCUCAGCAACUGAGACCCAACCAGUUGUGAGGAUCCCAAGAAAAAAAACCGUCCUGUCAUCAGAGCGCCUCUGCUUCUCCAGGCAACAUGCUACCGUUGCCUUGUGCUAAGCGACACAACCCUGUCACAUUCAGCAUAGCAGUCUGAACCUUCUUUUAUUAAACGUUUGCUACAAACACCAGUAGCACCACAGUUGCCAAUAUGUUCACCAAACUGUUGCCUGUCCAUCAGUGUGCCCUCGUUUAUGAGCCCCAACAAACUCAGUCCCUCAUUUUGUUUUUGUAUUUUGCCCAAACGGCUGCCAGUGUCUGGAUUUCUGCUGGGUAAAACAUAAGGGGAGACACGCACGCCGUUCUCUCCCUGCCACAUGUUUAUUUCCCCAGUAGCGAGUUGGGACUGUGCAUCAUAUUCCCUCCUACAGACGUCCAGGGCCGUAAUAGCUGGAUUUAAACACACUUGACUUGGAUAGUGCUGAGCAUUGGUGGCGUGCUGGGCUUGUUCUAGAACCGUUUGAUCCUAAAUGUUCUGGUCCACUGCAGACGUUUUGGACGUUGCAUUUUGUACAUUCAUCAAUGAAAGGUCCUGCCCAUCCACACCCUCCACCAUUUGCAAACACGCACAGAGCCAAACAAGAGUUAGCUGUAAAUAAUGUGUGUAAAUUUAAAUCUAUAUUGGGGAUAUUCUUUUUUUUUUUUUCUUACAUGGACAGCAUUGUAAAUCUAGUUAUUUUAAAUAUGAACUAUGCCUACUAUACAGUGUGACUUUUUAUGCAUUUAUGAUCCACGAGAAGUCCCACAGAAUGUCCUUUUUGCCCUCUCUUGGUUUGCACGGGUCGUUCCCUCCAAAAUCCUGAUCCGUGCAAGUCUUGACAUGCCAGCUCCUCUGCUGUACCACAAUCAAACGUUUUCUAGUGUCUUUUAUCCUUGCAUGUUCUUUUGCCUUUAUUACAGUUGGCCAAAUUGUGUAGUGGGAGUGUGUUCAUUUAAACAUCCCCUUUAAAAACCACCAAGCAAAGCCAAUUUGGAGCUUUGUUUCUGCUCUAAGAACAUUUCCCAGUACAGGUGAGCAACCGUUAGGUGGUGUGAAGGUCAAGGUUGGUUUAGAUUUGCAAUGCUGCUGUGUUUGCCUAUCGCAAAGCAGUCGCUGGCAACCAGAUUAAAACAAAUGCUCCAAAGUUAGAUUUGAUGUAACUGUGCAAUGUAUUCCUGCACCCAUAUAAUACCACUCAACCUUACUUUCGACUAUAGGUACACUGCCUUGCAAAAAAAUAUCGGAAAUGUCAUUUGACAUUUAAAGCCACAAACUUUGUGUUUUCUGUAAAUACGUAAGACUAAUCAACAGAGUAGAGCAUGGCUUUGAAGUGGAAGAAAAAUGAUAUGUUGUUUUAAACAGACCAUUAAAAAUCAAAGUUUGGGGUUGUUGCGUGGUGUAGUGUGUGACCCAUAUGUAUGGAGGCUAUUAGUCCUCCCCGCAGCUGUCAAGGUUCGAUUCCUGACCUUGGGAUUGUUACCAUGAUAACAGUUGCAAAUCUUCAUGGGUAUUUCUCUUGCACAGGGCUGCUAAGUCCAGUCCUGGAGAGCUACUAUCCUGCAACUCCUGCAUGUAUCCCUGCUUCAACAUUGGAAGCAAAUGGCUGAAUCCCCUCAUCAGAAGCUCUGCAGAGGACCAGUAAUGCUCCGUUCAUUUGAUUAUGGUCUGCUGGAGACAGGAGGCAUCUGAAAGUUGCAGGAUAGUGGCUCUCAAGUACUGAACUUGGUCCCUUAGCAGUUUAGCAGAUCAGCUCAAGGUCAGAUUGGAUGGAGAUUGUCUGAACAUGAUUUUUACAGUCUUCCUAAAGAUCCUAAUUGGAUUUAGGUUUGGACUUUGACUAGGCCAAUGGAAGAUGACCAUUCCAUUGCAGCUAUAGCUGUAUAUUUAGGUAAGUCUUUUGCAGGAUCUUAACAGGUUUUCUUCCUGGACUGUCCUGCAUUUUAGAUCCCAUCCGUCUUCCCAUCAUGUCAAAACAACUACCCUGUCCCUGCUGAAGCAUCCCCACAACAUGAUGCUGCCACCCCCUUGUUUUACCGUGGAGAGGGUGUGUUCAGGGUGAUCUGCAGUGUUGCUUUUCCUCCAGUGUUUUGCACAGAUGCCAAAAAGCAGCUUCUUCCACAUACAGCAGCUGCUGUGUCCUGUGUGGCUUUUGGCAGGGUUCCUGGGACUGUACAGGGCCUUCUUCUGCCACCUUUCUGUAAUGGUCAGAUUCCUAGACAGGAGUUAAUAGUUGUCUUAUGAAUAGAUUGUUCCACCUGAGCUAUGGACUUCUAUAGCUCCUCCAGAGUGGUCCUCCAGGCUGCUUUUUGAUGGGGGGACUGUGGGCAUGGUUGAACAGAAGCAUAUGAUAUAAAGAUUUUUGUCUACACAAGUAUUGUUUCCCUUCCAUUUUACGAGUGAUUGCAUUAAAGGUUGUAGUUGAAAUGUCAAAAUCUGAAAAAGGGAUAUGAACGUUUGCAGAGCAUCGUAUUAAUAUUCGAGUUAUUGUGUAAAACUCUCUGCUGCUGAUGGUGAGACAUGUUCAGAGGCAGGUAGAAGGUAGUCUGCUUCAUCUGUAAAUAGCUGGGCUCCCCCCCCCCCCCGUUAGGAGCCAUGAUGUAGUCACUUAAGUGCACCAGAGUCUGCUGGAUUUAGAUUUUGUAAGAAAGGGGCAGAGACGAGAGGCCUCCUCCACUCCGUCUUGCUCCUGUUCUCACUAUGUACAAAGCUGCAAGAUGACAAAGUGAUAAAAGGAAAUAAGAUGGGGCUGUUGCAUCUCAGUUUCUCCAUUUAAAUAGACUUAUUUUAUUUUUUUAAAUCGGAAGCAAGCAUCAGCAGUAUAAAAAGCAUGGUUAUUUAUUGUGACAGUGUCAUGUUUUCUUUGAUUAAAAAAGUGGGGAAGAAAAAGAAAA